AUUUCCAAUUGGGAUUCUGUGUCGCUGCAUCCAUUUUUGUGUAUUUAAGAUAUCUUCAAGGAUUACCAAACCUGGAGAAAAGCGAGGCACCAGUGCAGAGGGACUCAAAAGGGAAGCACACAUUUAUUAUGAGAUGCAAAAGAACUUUUCCAGGACGAUGACAGCGAUGGGUUAGACGGGAUUGAACAGGAUGAUGGACAAAUAAAAGCAUCGGCGUGUAAAGAUGUCUGCUCCAGCCGUGCCCCGCAGCGGGCCUGUCCUGCCGGAGAUGCCGGACCUGAGCCACCUCACCGAGGAGGAGAGGAAGAUCAUCCUCGGUGUCAUGGACAGGCAGAAGAAAGAGGAGGAGAAGGAGCAGUCCAUGUUGAAGGUCAAAGAAGAUUCAAAGUCUCAGCCAGUCCAGUGGUAUCCCUUUAGUGGAAUCACUGAUCUGGUUAAUAAUGUUCUCCAGCCCCAGACAAAGUCCCAAAACCAACCGCAAACAGAGCCUCCAAAGGAGUCAGAGACGAAAUUGCACCAGCAAUUUGAAAUGUAUAAGGACCAGGUGAAGAAGAUGGGGGAAGAGGCACCGAGCACCCAGGAGCAAAAGAGUGAUGCACCCACCUGCGGAAUCUGCCAUAAAACCAAGUUUGCCGACGGCUGUGGCCACCUCUGUUCUUAUUGCCAAACCAAGUUCUGCGCUCGCUGUGGAGGAAGAGUAUCACUACGCUCUAACAAGGAGGAUAAAGUGGUGAUGUGGGUAUGCAAUCUGUGCCGAAAACAACAAGAAAUCCUCACCAAGUCAGGGGCCUGGUUCUACAGCAGCCCAGGGGACGGCCUUCCCUCAGGUGCGAGUGACCCUCGCUGCCGCCACGAAGAGGCUCCACAGGAGAAGAAGGCCAAACUGCAGGAAGCCCCACUGCUGUACCACGGUCCUCCAGGGGACCGUAGCCGAGCUCCAGGACUCCCACGACAGGCGUCCCUCAAUAACGACUCCAGUCUGAAGCCUAACGACCCUUUGAGCAUCAGGAAAAGAAGCCCAUCAGCAACCAGGGAUCCAAACCAAAAAUACGACCAAAGGGAGGAGAAGGCAGAGCGUUCGCAGUAUGCCCCAGGGGCGGGCGGCAUGCCACGAUCGCCGUCUGACUACGGAGCCGGAGACCGCCAGUGGCGGGGAGGCUACGGCCGCUCCUACGAGGAUGCGGAGGUAGCGAGGAAUGCGUACCGCGCUCGACGGGGCGGCUGGCACUCUCAGGAAGAGUAUCCACCUGAACCCGGCUUCCUGCCUGAUGGCCCGCCUCUCAGUGAGCACGAGCUUCAACGGCAACGGCAGGAGGAGUACCAGAACCGCUACCGCAGUGACCCUAACCUGGCCCGCUACCCAGUCAAACCACAACCUUACGAGGAACAGAUGCGCAUGCAUGCAGAGGUUUCGCGAUUCAGGCAUGAACGGCGCCACAGCGAUGUCUCCCUGGCAUACACAGAGAUGGAGGAGCCCUUGGGGCCCCUGGGGGAUCCCCACUACUCACCAGGUCCUGGACACACCCACUGGAGGUCCAACCACAGUCCACCCGGCAUGGACUCCCUCCACAGGCAGCAGCACCUGGAUCCCGUUUCGGCUGUAAGGAAGAAUAAACGAGAAAAGAUGGAUAGCAUGUUGCGGAACGACUCACUCAGUUCCGACCAAUCUGAGUCCGUCAGGCCGCCGCCGCCCAAACCUCACAAGACCAAGAGGGGCGGCAAAAUGAGGCAGGUGUCCCUGAGCAGCUCAGAGGAGGAACUGGCCACUACGCCGGAGUACACCAGCUGUGAGGACGUGGAGAUCGAGAGUGAGUCUGUGAGCGAGAAAGGGGACAGUCAAAGGGGAAAAAGACAAACUUUUGAGCAGUCACACACCUUAUCUGAGGGCCAAAAGAAAAUGGUACGCUUUGGGGGCCACUCUUUGGAAGAAGAUGCUGAGUGGUGUGAACCCCAGGUUAAAGACUCGGGGGUUGAUACAUGCAGUAGCACUACCCUAAACGAGGAGCAUAGCCAUAGUGAGAAGCACCCGGUCACAUGGCAGCCCUCCAAAGAUGGAGAUCGACUCAUUGGCAGGAUUUUGCUCAACAAGCGCAUGAAGGACGGCAGCGUUCCCCGCGACUCUGGAGCUCUUCUGGGACUGAAAGUGGUUGGGGGAAAGAUGACAGAGUCUGGGCGACUUUGUGCAUUCAUCACCAAAGUGAGGAAAGGGAGUUUAGCGGAUACAGUUGGGCAUCUCAGACCAGGUGACCAGGUCCUAGAGUGGAACGGCCGACAGUUGCAAGGAGCCACAUUUAAAGAAGUUUACAAUAUCAUUUUAGAAUCAAAGCCAGAGCCUCAGGUGGAACUAGUGGUCUCACGACCCAUUGGCGAUAUCCCCAGGAUACCAGAAAGCACACACUCACAACUGGAAUCCAGUUCGAGUUCAUUUGAGUCUCAGAAGAUGGAGCGCCCCUCCAUAUCCAUCACGUCUCCCAUGAGCCACGGAGUGCUGCGGGAUGCCCCACAGUACUUAUCGGGACAGCUUACAAGCCAAAGCCUUAGUAGAAGAAUUGAGCCUUUUAACCCUAAAGUUCAGGUCAAACUUUGGUAUGACAAAGUCGGCCAUCAGCUAAUCGUCACCAUUCUGGGUGCAAAGGACCUGCCUUCAAGGGAAGACGGCCGACCACUCAAUCCUUACGUGAAGAUCUACUUCCUCCCUGACAGAAGUUUGAAUCAUUGUUUCUCCAGUGACAAAAGCAAAAGAAGAACAAAAACAGUAAAGAAAUCACUAGAGCCCAAAUGGAACCAGACCUUUAUGUAUUCCCCCGUCCACCGGCGGGAGUUCAGGGAACGCAUGCUGGAGAUAACGUUGUGGGACCAGGCCCGGGUGCGAGAGGAGGAGAGCGAGUUCUUGGGAGAGAUCCUCAUAGAGCUGGAAACGGCGAUGCUGGAUGAUGAGCCGCACUGGUAUAAGCUACAAACACAUGACGUCUCAUCGGUACCCCUACCGAAGAGCUCCCCCUGCCUUCAGAGACGAGCGCUGCAUGGAGACAGUCCCACACGCAGACUGCAGAGGUCUCAGAGGAUCAGUGACAGCGAGUUCUCAGACUAUGAUGGUGAUGAUGGUGUUGGCGUCGUAUCAGACUAUAGAAACGGCAGGGACCUCCAGAGCUCCACCCUCUCUGUGCCUGAGCAGGUCUUAUCGUCCAAUCACUGCUCUCGGUCAGCCGACAUCAACCGAGCGCGCUCACGGUCUCCCAGCAUGCCCCCUACUCAGAGUCAUUUUCUCACCUUACCUCGAACCCGACACAGUCAGCCUCAUGACAGUCAGCUGGAGGAACUCAGGAAUUACAGAGAUCCAGACAGGCAUGAGUAUCACCACAGGUCCCGUUCUGCAGACCAGCGGUCCGUGCUGGAGCGGCCCAUGUACAGUCGCUCUCGCUCCACAGAACGGCCACUCGACGGCCCCCACAUGAGAUCAUCGAUGCCCUCCCUGCAGUCAGGACACUCCGCGCCUCCCUCCCCUGCCUUAUCGAGGGCGCAUCCUCGUGGUGGGUCGGUUCAGACCAGUCCCACCGGGACCCCCAUGAACAGCAGGAGAGGACGACAGCUCCCACAACUGCCUCCAAAAGGGACGCUGGAAAGAAAAGAUGGAGGUGAAGAACUUGAGCCUUCUCCAGAAGCAGGAGGAAAGAAGCUGCGCAGCACUAUCCAGAGGAGCACAGAGACAGGACUGGCCGUAGAGAUGAGAAGCAGAAUGACCCGGCAGGCCAGCCGCGAAUCCACUGACGGCAGCAUGAACAGCUUCAGCUCAGAGGGAAACCUCAUUUUCGCUGGAGUGAGACUCUCUUCUGACAGUCAGUUCAGUGAUUUCCUGGAUGGACUUGGCCCCGCCCAGCUUGUGGGGAGACAGACGUUAGCCACGCCCCCUAUGGGUGACAUUCAGAUCGGGAUGGUGGAAAAGAAAGGAGCCCUAGAGGUAGAGGUCAUCCGAGCCAGAGGCCUUGUGGGAAAACCAGGUUCUAAGGCACUGCCAGCCCCUUACGUAAAGGUGUAUCUACUAGAGAAUGGUGCCUGCAUAGCCAAGAAGAAAACAAAAGUAGCACGAAAAACACUAGACCCUCUUUACCAGCAGCAGCUGUCAUUUGAAGAGACCCCAGGAGGAAAGGUUUUACAGAUCAUUGUGUGGGGAGAGUAUGGACGUAUGGACCACAAAUCCUUCAUGGGAGCUGCUCAGAUACUUUUAGAUGAUCUGGACUUGUCAAACAUGGUUAUUGGCUGGUUCAAGCUUUUUCCUCCCUCUUCAUUGGUCGACCCAACUUUGGCCCCGUUGACCAGAAGAGCUUCCCAGUCAUCUCUCGACAGCGGGUCUGGGCCGUUCGGACGCUCGUAGCAGUUUUCUGAAAUCUAGCGUUAUUGUAGCAGCCAUUGGGUGGAGUUUGAGAUUUGCGACAGGUCCCGCCCCCCCGGUAACACUGCAUGCUUGAUGUUGUGUGUUCAGAGCUUGUUUCUUAGGGGUGAAAAAAGCGGUCGCAAAAAAUGCUGCACAAAUUGUGUGCAAAAAGAGCAACCCCUAGAGGGCAGGGACAAGACGAAGCUGGAAAAUGGCCUCCUUAGCUUGAGGAACGUCACAAUUCCUGCUUUUAGAAUCUAUUUGAAGCCAUUUGAGAUGAGUCUGGACUGAGAACUGACAAGUCGAGUUCUUCAGAAGCCCUUUUUAAUGGGGUGAAAUGUUCUCUUCAACUUUCUUUUUCCAUGUAUGUUUCUUUUAAUGUUGAUGUAUUUGUAUCUACAUGGGCUAACAGUGUUCCUUGGGUCAAGCCAUGCCAACAGACCCAGAAAUGUACACACAAAACAAGAACAUGACGUGGGAAUGAACACCUCACUCCCCAGUCAAUAGAGAGAUGAAAUGUAGGUUUGAAUCAUCUUUUAAGAUCAAAUUGAAGUACUUCUCUUGAUACCGUAUGAAACCUAAAGAAGAAAUAACAAGUUUUUUUGUUGCAUGGACACAACUUUAGCUGAACAUAAAAAAAGUGGAUAGAAAAUAAUUUUCUCAGACUGCUACUUACAAAAAAAGAUGACAAGAAAAAAAAAGAAAAGAAAAAUGUAUCAGAUCAGCCAUUUUCAACAAUUUCUAUUAUUUUUAAAGAUAAAUUUCACUAGUGCAUGAUUUUCAUGGGGAGUGAAUGCUACCGUGUGAUUAAAAAAAAAAAGAAAACCAUGAAACCUUGUUUUGUGUCCUGUAGACCGUUUAUUGGUCUCUCUACUGUAUUUUUACAGACAAGCAGAUAAAUGACAAGUUUAACAUUUUAUUUACAGUGAGAAAUCUGUUCAUGUGACAAAGUCGUAAAAAAAUAAAUGUCUAUGAUUUAUUAUUGUAAAGGCGUAAGCCUUAUGAAGCUAAAGAUGAUGUGCAAAUUGUACGUUUCUCUACUUCUCCCUUGUCCCAGGGUAAACUCUCUGUACUUCUUGCUUCCUUUGUCAGAUUUCCCCCCGAUAUUGUUCCAGUUCUUUUAAUUUUCAUUUUCAGGGCUGUUCAUUUCCUCCAGCUCUUCUAGUUUUAGUCUGUAUAUUGUUUGAAGUUCACUCGUUUAACAAGCAUGUUGAAAAGGGUUUUUGGCAACAUGGCUUGGGCACAUCUUCCAGUAACUCAGCAUGUUUUGAUAAAGACGAUAGUUGGAGAGAAAAAAAAAAGAAGCAGUUUCUUGUACAGUGCAUGUCGACGACGAUCCUCUCUCCCCCCUUCACCCUGAAUUGAAUUUUAGUGAAAAUUAGGCAGUGGUCUCACACGGACCAGAAGGGCAAAAAUUCAGAAUGAACAUUCCACCUUGUAAAAUCAUACUUUGUUGACAAAUUUAAGAGAAAAACGUGACCAGGGAUUUUUAUAUCUUUACGGAAAUAUGAGCUGCAGUAUUCCUGACAAAAGAGCCCAAAAUUUCACGAGAUCUUUUUACCUGAGACGGCUGCAGCUCACUGACUUUCGCAGUAUUGUGCUGUACAGUUUUCCGAGCAUGAUGCUGUCUGCAGAGAAAUGCACAUCAGGACGAUGAUAUUGCCACACAAUAUAACUUUGGUUUUUAUUUCUUCGUUUCGAGAAAGCAAGUCAUUUAAUAUAUUUUUGUUAGUUUAUUUACAAGCCAAGACCUGUUUAUUUUUUAUUUUCUAUUUUUUAGUAAUAAUCAGAGCUUCUUAUAUCUGAGAGGUUUAGGAAUCAUAGUUUUAUUGCCUGAAUGGAAAUAAUACACUGAGACAUUACACCUCUUCCUUUGAAAAUAAACUUUUCUGAUUAACCAAUAUGAUUUUUUUUUUUAAACUUAUCACGCUUUGUCCAAUUAUGAUUCAUGUGUACGUCUGUCACAAUCUACAGAAUUUUAAUAGAAAUCUCUCUCUAGAUAUUGUCAAAUGUUAUGGAAGUGGUAUAAUGUCUCAUGAUGUCAAAGGUAUGUUCUGUUCUAUUUCAAAUGCCUUCUCUAUUGUUGGAUUUUUUUUUUUUUUUUUUUUUUUUUUUUUGGUGCGAUGUGUUCAUGCCAAGGCUAUGUCUUGGUCAAGUAUGGUUGAGUACAGAGAUUUAUGUAAGUUAUUUUUCAAAUGAAAAAAUAAAAAAUGGAUAUUACACUGGAAAAUGAGCGUUCGCAAACAACAGCAA